GCUGGCGCAGGAGCCCCGAUGGAGCUGCGCCACCCGGAGUUCGCCCGCGCCGGGCAGGCGGCCGGCUUGCAGAUCUGGCGCAUCGAGGCGCUGGAGCUGGCGCCGGUGCCCGCGCCUCUGCACGGCAACUUCUACGUGGGGGACGCCUACUUGGUGCUGCACACCGUCAAGAGGAGCAACGCCACUUUCUACACUCUGCACUAUUGGCUUGGAAAAGAAUGUACUCAGGAUGAAAGUACAGCAGCAGCAAUCUUUACGGUUCAGAUGGAUGAUUACCUUGGGGGAAAGCCUGUACAGCACAGAGAAAUCCAGGGAUAUGAGUCUACACAGUUUGUUGGCUAUUUCAAAGGCGGCAUGAAGUAUAAGGUAGGUGGUGUUGCCUCUGGCUUUAAACAUGUAAUCACAAAUGACCUAAGCGCACGAAGACUUCUGCACAUAAAGGGCCGGAGAGUGGUGAGGGCCACCGAAGUCCCUCUCAGCUGGGAGAGCUUCAACAAAGGAGACUGCUUCAUUGUUGACCUUGGAACAGAGAUCUACCAGUGGUGUGGCUCCACAUGCAAUAAAUAUGAGCGCCUGAAAGCGACGCAGGUGGCCAUGGGCAUUCGGGACAAUGAACGGAAUGGAAGAGCCCAGCUGAUUGUUGUGGAUGAAGGAAGCGAGCCGAAAGAGCUCAUUAAGGUUCUAGGACGCAAGCCAGAACUUCAGCAGGGCGAUGACAACGAUGAUGAAAGUGCUGAUAUCACCAACAGGAGGAUUGCUAAACUGUACAUGGUUUCGGACGCAAGUGGGUCGAUGAAAGUGUCCGUCGUGGCAGAGGAAAACCCCUUCUCGAGGGCGAUGCUUUUGUCUGAAGAGUGUUUUAUACUGGAUCACGGCAUAGCUAGAAAGAUUUUUGUAUGGAAAGGUAAGGAUGCUAAUCCAAAAGAGAGAAAAGCAGCCAUGAAAUCUGCUGAGGAAUUCAUACAGCAAAUGAAUUAUCCUGCCAAUACCCAGAUUCAAGUUCUUCCCGAAGGAGGUGAAACGCCAAUCUUCAAGCAGUUCUUUCGAGACUGGAAGGAUAAAGACCAAAGUGAUGGCUUUGGGAAAGUGUACGUCACAGAGAGGGUGGCAAAAAUUGAGCAGAUUGAGUUUGAUGCUACCAAGUUACAUGAGUCUCCGCAGAUGGCCGCCCAGCACAACAUGGUGGAUGAUGGCUCAGGAAAAGUGGAGAUUUGGCGUGUUGAAAGUAAUGGCAGAAUCCCCAUAGAACCUGAGGCCUAUGGACAGUUUUAUGGUGGUGACUGCUACAUCAUCCUGUACACCUAUCCCAAAGGACAGAUCAUCUACAUGUGGCAAGGGGCAAGUGCAACUAAAGAUGAGCUGACGGCUUCAGCCUUCUUGACUGUUCAGCUUGAUCGAUCGCUUAUGGGACGGGCUGUCCAGAUCCGAGUCUCCCAAGGCAAGGAACCUUUGCACUUGCUGAGUUUAUUCAAAGACAAGCCACUCAUUGUUUACAAGGAUGGGACAUCCAAGAAAGGUGGUCAGGUGCCCGCUCCUCCAACACGCUUGUUCCAGAUCCGCAGAAAUCUAGCGUUCGUCACCAGGAUUGCAGAGGUUGAUGUCAGUGCAACUUCGUUGAAUUCCAAUGAUGUAUUUGUUUUAAAACUGCCCCAAAAUUCUGGAUAUACCUGGGUUGGUAAAGGGGCAAGCAAAGAAGAAGAAAAAGGAGCCCAGUAUGUAGCCAAUGUCCUGAGAUGUCGAACCUCUAGGAUCGAAGAAGGCCAGGAACCAGGGGAAUUUUGGAGUGCCCUUGGUGGAAAGAAAGCAUACCAGACAUCUGCCCGGUUGCUGACUGAAUCGGAAGACCACCCUCCUCGUCUCUACGGGUGUUCGAAUAAGACUGGCAGGUUUAUUAUUGAGGAGGUUCCUGGAGAAUUCACUCAGGAUGAUUUAGCCGAAGAUGAUGUCAUGCUGUUCGAUACUUGGGAUCAGGUAUUUGUCUGGAUAGGUAAAGAUGCCAAUGAAACAGAGCGUACUGAGUCAAUUAAAUCAGCCAAACGUUACAUUGACACCGAUCCUUCUGGACGAGAUAAAGGCACUCCAAUUGUAAUAGUGAAACAAGGAUACGAACCACCAACAUUCACAGGCUGGUUCUUGGCCUGGGAUUCCAACAGAUGGAAAAACUGAACAGCCAAAGAUGGCAGCAGUCACAGAAGAGGUUAUCAAAGCACAACAGUUCUCCCGCAGUUUUCAGCAUGUGCUUAUAUAUCAGUGUUGAUGCCAUU